CUUCAAUCCACGAAUUCACAUUGCGUCCAACAAAAAUCGAAAUCAACGAUAUCAAAUCGCGACGGUGUCAUGGAAUUGAGCCUAAACGAAAAGCAGGGAGGAGUAGAGUUUACCGGUUUCGACGCGGCUUGCAAGAACAGCCGUGAGGAUUCCUGCCAAGAAAACUUCUGUCGAAGCGUCACCAAGUGCUGCUAAGAAACAUUCGACAAAGGUAAGUCGAAAACCCCCAACAGUCCAAAAGAGAAAGAGUGAAGAGGAGAAAGAAGAGGAUAAAGUUCCUAAUGAAGAAUCUGGUGAAGAAUCUCCAGAGCUAAUCCCCCCUCCUCCUCAGAAGAAGAAAAUCACGAAGGUCUCUUCCCAAAGAUCCAUUGUUAAAUCAACUAGGAAGGAUUCUGCAAGUACUCCCACUGCUAACCUUCAGUCGAAGGAUACGGAGAGCGGGAAAUCUAGCUUUAACAUUGAGAUUCCUGAGGAACAAGUGGCUGUCGAAAGAACUCCUAAGAAACUUCUGGAAGAAACAGUCCAAGAAGAAGAUAUCCCCCCAAGUGAUCAUGACAGGCAAACUGUAGCAGAAUUCGACGCUACAAUAGGUGAAGCUUCUGAAGAAGAAUCUCCUCCUCAUCCAGGAUUAGAUGCUGCAACUCAAGGUGAUGAUACUGACAUGGAAGCUGGGGUCGAAGAUGAUCAUGAAGACGAAACUGCCAAAGAUGGGGGUGACCAGUCGAAACAACCAGAGGCUGAGCAAACUUUAGAGCGAAACACUCCACCUGCUCCUGACCAGACCCAAGGAAGUGGUAAAUCAACUGGUUCGACUAGUUUCUCUCGCAAGGAGCUUGAAAGUCUCAAAGUGCAGAAACCCUUAGAGUAUCUGAAGGCUAUGCUUAGUGCUCGUUUUAAUUUCCAAGAUUCUUCGCAGAGCAGUUCGACUACUUCUGGGGCCACUUCUGAAGCACCAUCACUUGGCAACAUCUUGACCAAGAUUAAAACGAAAAUCCUUGAUGUUGAUUUGUUCAAAAUUUUGGAAGAAAACGCCCUUGCUCACCUUGAACUUAAGAAAAUUUUGAAACAAGUAAACGUCUUGGAAGCUUCUGUUGAGGUUGGAAGUUUUGUGAUGGAGCUGAUGACCCUUAUUGACUUGGCGACUGCAGACCUUCAUCGUCAAAGAGAUCUUACCCAUCAAAUCUCCUCAAAAUCUGAAACUCAAACUGCUGAAUGGGAUGCUGUUGCGACUUCGACUGACAAAGUUUCAAAGUUGCAACAGCUUUCUGAGACUUACGUCAAAGAAGUUGCUGCUUGUGAUGACAAUAUCCAAAAAUGGGAGAAACAGAUAGCAGCACUUCAAGAAAAGAUCUCCCAAGAGAAAAAACGUAAAGCAUCCAUACAACAACCUAAGCAGAACGAGAUUGACGAGGAACUGAGGGUGGGUAUUCGACAUGCAGAGAAGGCCCAUCAACUUAGUCAAGAGAUUGAGACUCUCUCUACUCACAAAAGUCUUUGUGAUCAUCGACUCCAGUUUCAGAGGAAGAAAUUCGCCACGUUGAAGGAAACUUUUGCCAGUAUUAAUUUGUAGU